AUGCACUACACCUCCAUCGUUCCCUGCAACGCAACGUCGGCCGCAAUCAUCCAGGCCAGUCUCGAGGUCUCGACACAAGAGCUUGCGACGUCUGGAGCCGCCUACUGGGCGUCAGCCGCGUGCUUGUACUCGUCGAACUCGACUCUGAUGGACCAAGCCUGGAAGACUUGGGUCAGGAUCAAUAACUACGGCUACAUUCCUAGCGCCGGCGCCGGCAUCUUCUUCCUCGCCGCUUUCGGCCUCUCCUUCCUCUUCCACGCCUACCAGCUCAUCCGCUCGCGUCGCUGGCUCUACAUCUGCACCGAAGUUGGUCUCGUGUUGGAGUUGUGGGGAUGGGGGACGAGGUACCACGCGGCGGACGACAUCACGACUGGCUACGUCUUUCAGCUGGCCGGCUUAACAUGCGCUCCGACGAUGUUUGCAACGAACAUCUACUGCCUCUUCACCCAGUUCGCUGCGACGCAAGAUCCGGCUGUUCUCCACGGCUUGGGUGCUCGCAAAACUCAGCGUUGGUUAAUCAUCGUCGAAGUCCUCACCAUCGCCGUCCAAGUCGGCGGAGCCUCUCUCGCGGCAACAGCGGGUGGAAGGUCAUUGUUCAACAUCGGCUGCAACAUCAUGCUCGCGGGAAUCAUCCUCCAGCUGGUGCUUACCGUCGUUUUCCUUGCCGCCGUCGUCGCCUACUUUACUCGCCUCCGACGCGCAACGGAUGAGCGAGUCUUGAACGUGCGAAACCGGAUCGGCUUUCUCUUCUGGGGCAUCGUGGUGAUGGACGCCUUGAUCAUCAUCCGUGGCGCGUACCGCACUGCGGAGCUCACAGGCGGGAUCUGGGGUCCUAUCGCGACCAGUCAGGUCGCCUUGAUCCUCGGCGACGCCAUCCCGAUGUUGCUCGUCGCCUACGGCCUCAACGCGACUCACACCAUGUGGACCGUCGUCCCGUUCGAGCGCGCAAAGGAGCACGAGUCGAUGGACAUCAGCCUCGUUCGGCGCCAAACAAGCAACGGGAGCUUGGAGAAGACCGAGGCUGCGUACUAG